UUUUGUUUCUAGCUACAUGGCUGCUCCUACCCUGCUAUCUGUGUCUUCCUGCUUGCUCAGUGCUAUCACAGCCUCACAGGGCUCCAGGCAGGAAGUCUUGUCCACGUCUUUGAUGCGUCCCACCAAGCUUGUGCUCUAUGAUAUACAUCAGCCGAGUGCGCGCGUGAGCGAGUCAUCCUUCAAGCUCCUACAGGCUACAACUGCUCUAUGUCUCAUUCGCUAGCUCCUCUACUAAUCCCCUUGCGCUCAACUGACAAGAUCCUGCUGCUUGUCUCUACAACCUCGCUGGACAUUUUGCUUGGCGCGCUCCAUCAAAACGCGACUCAACCCACGCACCAAGUCGCAGUCCGUGCAGUCAACAGCCGCUGCCAUGACCAGCGUCAUCUUCACCUGGCCAACCGUUCAUAUCUACCAAAUCCCUCCACCAACAGGCAAAGGCAUGCGAACUGCUCAACUCAUCCAACCAAGCAUCUUUCAAGGCUCCCUACGACUCAUUCGACAACUCGACCCGCUCCACCUCGAUGUCCGUAUUGAAGUUCCUGUCGCUCAAGGUGAAUCGCCGACUGCUGAUAGGGAGUUAUUCGCAUCAUGUCCCUAUAUCAAUCCCAAUGCCAUCGAACGCGCAGGUGAUUCAGGUCGAUACUUUCAAUUACGCGUGGUCCAUGAGAAACGCGUCGCGUACCUCGCCAUGGGCUUUGAUGAGCGUGAACCGGCAUUCGACUUUCAAGUGGCUCUUGCUGAUUUCGAUAAAUUGAAACGUGCUGAAGUGGCAAGAGUGGAAGACGUACAGCCUGUACAAUGUGAGCAGGCGCCUCUUCAGAGUUUUGCAGAGACUGGGGAGAUUCCAUUACUAGCACCACCACCUGCUCGUCCUGCAUCGGCAUUUGAGGAUGACUUUGGAGACUUUCAGUGACGCUAUAAACCGCUAUGCGUUGCAAGUGCUGGUCGCAGCUUGAAUAGCGCUGUGCCAUGCGCUGGGACAGUCGCAACCAGAUGAUGAGUAUGGAUCCCGAGAUUCUCAUGCAGCCAGAGAUCACGCACAUGGAACGCUUGAUUGACCUUAUCGCGUGCAUCUAGAAAGAUGUCUGCAAACGUCACUUCAAUACGCAUCCUGCAGGUCAGCAUUUGUGGAUAAAGCAGAGAUGAAAAGCAUACUCUUCCGGGGUUGCAUUGAGAAUGGCAACGACUUGUGCGUCUUGUGCUAGUU